AUGCAUUUCGAAUUGUUUUUUUUAGGUCUCUGGGACGCUAUGGAGGAGUACGUUCGUCAUAUUAAUGUCAACAGCUUAGAUAGCUGCUUCUACAAUGCAGUUCUCGCUGUUCAUCAAGGGAGAUAUGCCGCCGCGGAAAAGUACCUGGAAGAGGCGCGCGACGUGAUCGAUACCGAACUCACCGCUAUGGCUGCAGAAAGCUACAGCAGGGCAUACGAUACUAUGGUAAUUGUGCAGAUGCUAAGCGAGGUCGAAGAGACAAUGCAUUAUAAGAUGAUGCCCGAAAAGCGGCCUCUGAUUUGUCAGAUGUGGUGGAAGAGAUUGCAGGAAUGCCAGCGGACCGUGGAAGACUGGCAGAAGUUCCUUCAAGUGCGUUCAUUGGUUCUUUCGCCAGAUGACAUGAGGCGGAUGUGGUUGAAGUUCGCGUCAUUGUGUCGGAAAAAUGGAAAAAUGGCCUUGUCGCAUGGGACUUUGGUGCUGCUCUUACACUACGAUCCGAACAAGUCUGAGGAAUUCACUCUACCGCUGCAUAAGCCUGAUUUAACAUACGCUUACUGUAAACAUUUGUAUUGCGAAGGGAGAAAGGAUCUGGCCAUUUCGCAGCUGAACUUGCUGAUUGAAAGUACAUGCAAAUUAGGUUUGCCAAAACAUUCACAUGAACAGAUGCAGAAGGAUCUGAUGCGUCUUAAAGCGAAGUGUUUUCUGCGAUUGGGCCACUGGACGGAAAUGAACUGUCCUGAAAAUGAGCCGCCUCUGCCACAAGUGAUGCUGUACUACAGAAAAGCAACGGAAUUUGACAAGGACAUGUAUAAGGCUUGGCACGCCCUUGCUUGUACCAACUUCAACGCCGUAUUGUACUAUAAGCAGAAGAGCGCCCAUCAGAAAUCGGCUGCCACUGGCGUAGAAGCGCCAGACGAUUCUUCCAAGUAUUCUCCUCGGUGCAGUUUACAGAACGAAAAUCUCAUCACCGUCUACGCUGUGCAAGCCGUCAGAUGCUUUUUCCGAAGCGUUGCAUUGUGCAGCGGAAACAGCUUGCAGGAAACGUUGCGCUUGUUGACACUAUGGUUUGACUACGGCCAAAAUCCAGAAGUGUAUGAUGCGCUAAUGGAAGGCAUCGCCACAGUCAAGAUCGAAACCUGGUUGCAAGUGAUUACGCAGCUGAUCGCUCGUAUUGACACAACUCGGCAUCUUGUCAAUCGCCUUAUCACUCAGCUUUUGACGGACAUCGGCAAAGAGCAUCCGCAUGUCAGUGAAUUGAAUUUUUCGUAUUUGCUGUUGGCAGGUUGCUUCUAA